AUGUUGUCAAGAGACUACCUCCUCCCCGCUGCCCUAGCCGCUCUCUCACAUCUAGCAUCUGCUGCUCCCACGUGGCCUGGAAGACCAGGCAAUGGUCCGCCGCCAGCAGGACCACCAGGUGGCCAUCCAGGAUGGGGACCAGGUCCCCACGGCCCUCCCAAUGGCGGCCCACCAGGCUACAAUCCCCGCCCCAACCCAGGUCAACCCCAAGGCCAACCUAUAACCAAUCUCGUCGACCUAGGCUACUCCCAAUACGAAGGCUACAGUGCUCAAGGCGUGAAUCAGUGGCUCGGAAUGCGAUUCGCAGCCCCACCCACCGGCGACUUACGAUGGAGGGCCCCGCAACCACCACCACAGAACACCAGUUCUGGCGUGCUCUCCGCCAAGAACUUCGGGGCAACGUGUAUCGGAUACUGGAUCUACACGCAAGAAACCGACUCCAUCAACGAAGAUUGUCUCUACCUCGACGUCUUCGCGCCGGAGAACGCGACGACGGGGUCGAAAUUACCCGUGUGGUUUUUCAUCCAGGGUGGAGGCUAUGCGGCGGAUAGUGAUCAGAAUUUCAACCUCACGCAGGCGAUUGUGCAGAGUAAUUACUCGAUGGUGUUUGUGGCGAUCAAUUACCGGGUUGGGGCGUUUGGGUGGUUGAGUAGUGAGAAGGUGAGGGAGGACGGGGAUUUGAAUGUUGGGUUGUUGGAUCAGAGAUUUGCUCUGGAAUGGACGCAGAAGUAUAUCCAUCUGUUCGGCGGCGACCCCGAGCAUGUAGUCAUCCACGGCGACUCUGCAGGCGCCGGCUCAGUAGCUUUCCAGAUGGCUGCCUAUGGUGGACGAGACGACCACCUCUUUGUCGGCGGGAUCGCAGAGUCGCCUUUCUGGCCAACACAUCGCACAGUCUCCGAAAUGGAGUUCCAGUUCGAUCGCUUCGCCGCGAAUGUUAGCUGCUCCGCCGACCAAGCCGAGAAUGGUGACAUAAUGGCUUGUCUACGGGCCAAGAGUUCCUCUACCUUACAGUCAGCCGACAUCCCGGAGACUUUCCCGGGCGGCGACAAUGGCACAGCUGAGUGGUACUUUUUGCCAGUCGUAGAUGGCAAUUUCUCCCAAGACUUGCUUUACAAUCAGUUCGAACAAGGUCGGAUCAUCCAUGUCCCCAUCAUGGUUGGCGAUGAUACGGACGAGGGGACGGGCUUCGUACCUAAUGCGACGAACUCGACCACUAUGCUGCAGUUCUUCAAGAACAACUUCCCGCUUCUGGCGGAUGAUCAACUCCAGCAGAUCAACGAGACAUAUCCGGAAGAUAUCCAUGCACCAUUCCCGAAGCACGCAGCAUACUUCCCGGCUACCGAGCUAGCGUACGGAGAGAACACCCUCAUCUGUCCCGGCAUCGAGAUGAGCGACUCCCUCUCCACCUACCUAUCAGGAAGUCAGGUCUGGAACUAUCGCUACAACGUCGAAGACGCCCCGACAGUAGCAGCAGGUCUCGGCGUACCGCAUGUGUCCGAAAAGAAAGCCAUCUACGGCGUCAACAACACCAACCCCAACGACCUGUGCGAUUACCCGUGUAGUUAUGACACGUACAAUGCACCCAUCAUCCCAGUGGUGAUGGAUUACUGGAUCAGCUUUAUUCUGAGCUUGAACCCGAAUACAUACAAAGCACCCAACGCACCUAUGUGGGAGCCGUGGACUGGUAAUGGUGGGCAGAAGCAGAGACUGGUGUUUGAGACUGGUGAUGUGGGGACGGGUAUGGAGGUCGUGCCCGCCGAUCAGCUGGCUCGAUGCGAGUUUUGGAAAGGUUUGGCCAACACGACCCAGCAGUGA